AUGAUACGCCGAUCGUUGCACCGGUGUUGGACGUACGGAAAAAUACAUCGUGAUCGUGCUGAAUAUAUCAAUGCUACGUUUCUUCAUGAUACAAAUUGUUCAUUAAUUGUCUCACUUUAUGAUGAUGAAAAAACACAAGAGUGGGUUGCAAACGAACUGUGCACGUUGGUGCAAAAUGUGCGAAAUGGUGGCCAUGCAUAUAAGGCACCUGGUCCCAAUGACAAACGUGGCCCUUGUCCUGGUUUGAAUGCAUUAGCAAAUAAUGGUUACAUAAAUCGAAAUGGAAUUUCCACACCCGAACAAGUUAUCAGCGCUUCUUCCGCCAUUGGCCUUGGACCAGAUGUUGCCGCUGGGUUGGCUGCACUUGCUGUAAUAGCUGGAGAUGCACUGACGUUUUCAAUUGGCAAUGCUUCGGGAACGGUGGGGGCUGGUACAAGCAAACAUAAUGUUUUAGAAGGUGAUGCAUCAUAUAAAAGUUGUGACUGUAACAAUUGUCCGACAAUAAAUGGAUGUGACAAUUUUGAUUUUAAUGAUACAGUAUGGACAACGACGUAUAAUGCUGCUCAAUUAAAUGGGGGUCUUUUUGGUAUACCAACAUUUCAAAUAGCUGCUAAACAACGAUAUGAUGAAUGUGUAGCAAACAAUUCAAAGUGUGUAUUCGGACCCAUACAAUUUGUUUUUCAUUAUUUUACUCCUUGCCUGUUCGCUCUAACGUUCCCUAAUGGUACCGAUGGUAAAGCCACUGAAGAUAUUAUACGUGUGUGGGUGGGUUAUUUUUAUGAAAAUGGUCAACGGAAAGGUAUGGCUGGAGGUGGACAGAUCCCGAAAAACUGGUAUCCCCAUGACCCACCUAGAACAUUCGUUGAUGCUGCUCCAUGCAUACUUGCAAUUUAUUUAGCUCAUCCUGUUUUACUUGGCGCCAAGGUGAACGGCGUAUGGGUUCCCAGUGCGGAACAAAUACCUGUUAAUGCAACCGCGAAUGAUAUUGUUUGUUUUACGUAUCAAACUAUAUUCAAAGCUACACCAAAUAUAGUCAAAACUUUACUUGCCGUAGCCUCUUAUCUAAAUCCAGUAUUUACCGUAAAACCAUGGAAUUGUCCGGUUUUUAAGACUGGGCACUAA